GAAACCUUGGAGAGCUGCUGCCAGUCAGUGCCGACAAUACUGAGCUCGGUGGAUCAGUAGUCUGACUCGGUAUAAGGCAGCUGCCAAUGGCUAUCGCACAAAUGUUUGUAUUAAGAAGAGCUGAGAGCAGGCUUAUUUUAUUUUUUUUUAAUACUGACAACUUGGGACCACUGUAGCCCACUGGCAGAGUAUCUACUCCGCAUGCAGGAGACCCCGGCUUCAACCCCUGGCAGCAACUCCUUCAGGGAAGACGGGGGAAGACUCCUGCCUGAAACCCUGGAGAGCUGCUGCCAGUCAGCGCCGACAAUACUGAGCUAGACAGACCAAGGGCCGGACUCACUUGAAGGCAGCUUCCUGUGUAACGAAUACUAUGAAACCUGGUAGCGCCGCAGGAAGUUCCACUGCUCAGAGGUGGCAUGCUUUCCAAGUUAUCCGCUGCGGGGGAAGAGGCAACGGCAGGGGCAAGAACAGGGCGAGGGCUGAUGGUUCCUCCAGUCCGUGGUUGUGAGUUGACCACCUGCAUGCCAUGGCGGUGGGUGGGUGGAGCGAAAAUGCCAGGGCGGGGCUAAAGAGCACUGGCGGAAGAGCUUCAGCUGCCCGGCCGGGGAGGGCAGGGCGAUCACGUGACGGAGCAAAGGGCUCCUCGCCUCACGUGAUCCUCCUCCAAGAGGACCCCAGGAAGGAAGGGAAGGCAGCGGCGAUGACGGCCGCCAAACGGGUGCUUCCGCGGCUGGUGGCGUCGCUGCGGCCGCUCAGUACAUCAGCGGCUAGUACGUUUCCCAAGUAUGUUAAAAUAGUUGAGGUCGGCCCAAGAGAUGGACUACAGAAUGAAAAGAACCUCGUCCCCACCCAGGUGAAAAUCGACUUAAUUGAUAUGCUGUCGGAAACGGGUCUCUCGGUCAUCGAAGCUACCAGUUUUGUGUCUCCCAAAUGGGUCCCUCAGAUGGCUGACCAUACUGAAGUCAUGCAGGGAAUUCAGAAGGCUCCUGGUAUCAGCUACCCUGUAUUGACCCCCAACCUGAAAGGCUUUCAGGCGGCGCUGGCAGCCGGUGCCAAGGAGGUGUCAAUCUUUGGGGCGGCAUCAGAGCUUUUCACAAAGAAGAACAUCAACUGUUCCAUCGAGGAGAGUCUACAGAGAUUUGACGAUGUGCUGAAAGCUGCAAAAGAAGCCAGCAUCCCAGUCCGAGGAUACGUCUCUUGCGUCCUUGGCUGUCCUUACGAAGGAAAGAUUGAUCCUGCUAAAGUUGCAGAAGUGUCGAAGAAGAUGUAUGCGAUGGGAUGCUACGAGAUCUCUCUUGGCGAUACCAUUGGGGUUGGGACUCCGGGCAGCAUGAAGGAGAUGCUCUCUGCGGUCAUGAAGGAGGUGCCCAUUGGGGCUCUUGCCGUUCACUGCCACGAUACCUACGGGCAAGCACUUGCCAACACCUUGGUAGCACUUCAGAUGGGCGUGAAUGUGGUCGACUCCUCUGUGGCUGGCCUGGGAGGCUGCCCCUAUGCCCAAGGCGCCUCUGGGAACGUGGCGACGGAGGACAUGGUCUACAUGCUUCAUGGUCUCGGCAUACACACGGGCGUAGACCUACCGAAAGUCCUGGAAGCAGGUGCGUUUAUCUGCAAAGCACUAAACAGGAGGACCAAUUCGAAAGUGGCACAGGCCUCCUGCAAACUGUGAGAUGGCUCGGUGCCUUUACUGGACUCAUGGGAGCAACAUGACAUGGGGAUCUGGAAUCUGCCGUGAAUGUGCUCUAAGUUUAUUUAAGCGCUCUCCAGUAGCCUCAGGACCACAUGAUGGGAAAACAGGGAUUCUCUAAUGAAAUCAAAAUAGUCUAGGAUGCUCUGUUUGCAUUUAAGUGGCUACCUUGAGCAUCUUUGAAAAUAAUACUGAUUCUGCGGGUUGCCGCAUAAAGGAGCAAAUGUUUUGGCCAGGGAAGCAAUAUUGGACUCUGCACUUGAGGUGUGUCUAUCCUUCUCACCAUCAGCUGGCCUUUCAUGAACAACGUCACAGGUAUGGCAACAGGGCCUGAGACAGCCCUUCUCGCCCAACACAGGAAGAUUUCAAUGGGGCAACAUGAAAAACACCAUUUCUUUGUGCCUUCUCUCCACCUUGCCUAUCAAAGGGUUCAAUAGUCUGCACACCAGCUUGCAAAAAGUGAACCGACUGCAUAUACUACUACUCUCUCAAAUUUAAGAAAGCUGGUAGUGAUAUAUAAAAUUGAACAAGGACCUGAAAGGAGAGGUUUAAACAGGCCUCUGUUUAAUAUGCAGAUUAUAAAAUGCUUGUUAGAAUUCUCCCAACAUGACUGAAUAAAAUGUGAAUUAUGUAUUAACGAGUAGACCAGUUUUAUAUGGGGGCAGGGGCAGCAACUUAAUAGACAAGAGAGGCCGUCCACGCUAUCAAAAACUGUGUCCUACCCAGGUUUGGGAGCUGUGUGUGCUCCCAAUUUUCAGUUGUGUGGAAGCAAGGUAAGAGGCAAACCUGGGUAGAAGUGAUUGUGUGGAAGAGGUAGGAGGAAAAGCUACCCAGGUUUGCCUCCCACCUUGCUUCCACACAACCAAAAGUUGGGAGCACACACAGCUCCCAAAUCCGGUAGAACACAGUGUGAAUGACUUGAGAGUGUAAACCAAAAAGGUCAAAAACAAGAAGAAAAAUAUGUUACAUGAGAUUCAGAUACUUUGAAUACAGUUUCCCUAUUCAAGCGGGCAAAACAGAAGGGAAAUGUGUGUUCCUUAACAUGGCCAUGUUAAUAUCACUAUGCCGUAUUUAUUUUUAACCACCAUAUGGGGAUUUGGGGUGGGUAAAGUUACUUUCUAAAACCCUAGAUAUCGGAUAACAUUCCUGCUAAAUCUCAUGCAUGUAUCACUGUGUGCACCAUUUAGCUUAUUUUGGGCACUUGGGUCACCCCACUGUAAUGGUGCAAUAGGUGGUUGAUAUGCGGUUGUCAGGUGAGCUACAAAAAGGGGAGUCGAAAUAUUGGCAGCAAUAAUUCCCUCCAUGAAGGGAUAUCGGACAAGAUAAAUUCUCAGCAUGUGGCCGGUAGUCCUGAGAAGGCACAUAUCGCCACACUCCUCCCGUCCCUCCACCUUCUGUUGCCCUGAGGGAAGAAAGCCUCCAGCAGGGCUUCUGCCACUGUGAAGAGCUGAACUCUGCCUGUCCCUUGGGGACACUGCUAGUGAAGGGGGUCUCUUCCAAUGUUCCCUCUAAGACAUGCACGUGCUCACAGGUUUUUUGGAUGUCUGCUCAGUUAAUUUUAGAUCCCGCUCAGGUUGGCCGACCAAGGCAGUCUCCACCCCGUCGCCCGCCCAAAAGCCAGUUUGAAAUAGGUCUAGAAGAUAAUCAGUUUCCUCCAAGACCGUCUGGAGUUGAGAGGCCACCACCCUCUCAAUUACUUUCCCCAGCCAUGGGAGGCUGGAGACAGGCCUAUAAUUGCUCAACUCUGAGGGAUCUAGUGCAGGCUUCUUUAGAAUAAGUCUAAUGAUUGCCACCUUAAGACAAAGAGGCAUCCUGCCCUCCCUCAAAGAAGCUUUUAUGAUUUCUAUCAGGCCUCUUACAACAGCCUCCCUGCUAGAUAGAACAAGCCAUGAUGGACAAGGGUCAAGAGAUCAAGUGGUAGGCCUCAUCGCUCCAAGCAGUUUGUCCACAUCCUCAGGAGUCACAAACCCCUUAGCUUGACAGCAAGGAACGGAAGAACAGCAUGCCGAGUUGCCAAGAAGGCGGAUCAAACAGCAGAACGCUUAACCCAAGCCUGCCGAAUCUGACCUAAAUAUUUGCUGGUUUUUAUAAUGAACUUGCCUUUGUGAGUGAAUGCCCACCACUCAUGUCCCCCCCCACGUGUGCGCAUGCGCACACACACACACACACACACACACACACACAACCAUCUAAGAGGCGGGGAAGUUUCAGGCGAAUCAGCUCACACAAAAAGGUCCCAGGUUACAUCAAGCUGUAGCCUCCAUUCUGCAUAUCUAAAGCCUCUGUUAAGACCCACAUUUUGCAGUUUGUGCUUGCAUUUAACUCAGGAAUUUCUCCCUCCACAGAAUUUCACCAAUCUGCUAAAAACCCUUCCUCCCCGCUCCCAGUGUUUGUAACUGCAAAUACUCAGAGCAGACCAUACCAAACACAGCUGCCAAACUCCCCUUCAUUGAGUUUUGCAAAACCCUGUGGCCACUCCACACAUCAAGGGAGAAGCAGUGGGGCAUAACAGAAGCCCCGGGCUUUCCCCCCGCCAAAGCCACUGAAACUAGAGGAUUCUUUUAAGCCGGACAUGCUUUGGGCUCAGCCAGAAUGCACAGCCUCGAUUCGGGGAGGGGGGGGGGGACAGAGUCAUGUCUGUACUGAUCCCUGAUAGCCCACAGGGACUUGGGGGUAACUGUAGCUAAUAUAUGGACGGGCAGACUCCAUUCCAGAGGAGAUUCGAAGUAAAAGCCCUGUGUGUAAAGCCUCCUGGAGGGCGGUUCCUUCUUCCUUGGGCUUCAACAGAUGAUGAAACUAUGCAAGAAUCCAGACUAGUCACUCCAGGGUGCCCUCUGAACUGUGUCACAGCUGUCCAGGGAGAGAUGUCACUCUGCAGCCCAACAGGAGUGCCACCCAUCCUAUUCACCAAGACUAUAACCUUAGAGGAGUUGAUCCCAGAAGGAGCGUCCUCUGAGGGUCUUCUGGAGAGAGGGGCGAACACGGGCCCCCUCUCCUCUAGCUACUUCCAUCAGAAGUGAAAUUUGCCCUAAGUCUUUGGAGAUUGCAGAAGUAUCUGAGAAUGACUCCAUCCAUCCUUCUGUGGGAUAAAUGGAUACUAAUGGUAGAAUCGUAGAGUGGAAGGGACCUUGGAGGUCAUCUUCAAAUCUUCUCUUCAGUAGAACUCAUUACAAAACAUUUGCAAUUUGUAAAAAGUUUUGUAACAGCGUAAGUCACUACAAGCCAUUUGGUAAGGUUUCAGCCUCAGCUGUGCCACCUGCAAUCUGAGGAUGUCAGGCUGGCCUACCUUGCAGGGUUUUGAUCAGGACUACUGACACCAAGUCUGUGAAGGUCUUUGAAUAUCUGGAAUAAAUGCUAAGCAUGCUGGAGGCCUGGCAUAAUGGACCUGAAAAGGGCAGCCUAUUGCAAUUUCAGUGAUGUAUUCCCCCAGAUAUUACCCCAAGUAAUUCACAUUUCUUAGUUUCCAUUAGUUGGCUAAAUUAUUCUCCCAAGUAACACAUUUUUCUGAAUGUCCAUCAGUAGAUAAAUACCUUGUCUAAUUUCUUAGCACCAUCUGGGCAUUUUCCAAGUCAGAAUAAAGGUAGUUUUGGAAAGGCACAGGUUUUUCACAGAUUGUCAGCAGAUGGCCAGAAGAUGGUGCUAAGAAAUUAGACAAUGUAUUUCAGCCAGGGAGGAGAGCUAUUCUUGCAGCAGCAGGGGCGUAGCAAGGUUGUAGUGGGCACAGAGACAAGAUUUUUAAAAUGCCCCCCCUCACUGAAGCUCAGCUCAUGAAGUAAAGAAAUCUUAAAUGAGGCUGAAUAGUGGAAACAAAAAGCAUAGGGGUGUGUGUGUGUCUGUGUCUGUGUCUGUAUACACACACACACCCCUAUGUGCCACAAUAGAGCAUCAUCCUAAAUGAUUUUUUUUUAAGGUUUUGUAAAUUGUGGACGAUGCAAGUCCGAGAUAUCUUAGAGAGCACUUUCUUUCACAUGAUCCCCACCGCACGUUAAGGUCAUCUGGGGAGGUCCGUCUCCAGUUACCACCGGUUCGUCUGGUGGCGACUCAGAGGCGGGCCUUCUAUGUAGCUGCUCCUGGACUGUGGAAUACACUCCCAGCAGAAAUUGGUAAUCUUGAUUCUUUGCUGACCUUCAAGAGAGCCCUUAAAACCCAUCUGUUUUGCCUGGCCUUUCAGGGAUUUUAAUCAGUUUUUAAUUGUUUUAAUGUUGACCUGGUUUUCAGGGUUUUAAUUGUUUUGAUAGUUUAAUUGUUUUUUAAGAUGUUUUUAAAUUUGAUGUUUAUAUUUGUAUUUCUAUUUUAAUUGUUUUUAAUCAUUUCUGUUUUUUAAUUGUAAACCACCCUGAGCCAGCUUGAAAAAUCAAAUAAAUAAAAUAAAAUAAAAUAAAAAAUUGAAUGGUACUAGAGAAAGACAUGCUGUUCUGGUAGCUCCAGGUCUUAACACUCACAUCAAUUUCGGAGGAUGAAUACAACUGAAGGAAGCCCGGGCGGGUGUGCGGCUGGGGGAGUCAGUCAUGUGACUUGCCUUGGAGGGCGGGGCUCCCAAGGCAGUGGGGCCCCAGACAACUGUCUCCCCUUGCCCUAUGAUAGUUACGCCCCUGUCUGGCAGCAAGCAUGAAGGGUCCCCUUUGCUAAGCAGUGUCUGCCCUGGUUGCAUUUGAAUGGGAGACUACAUAUGUGAACACUGCAAAAUAUUCCCCUUAGGGGAUGGGGCCACUCUGGGAAGAGCAUCUGCCUGCUUGCAUGCAGAAGGUUCCAAGUUCCCUCCCUGGCAUCUGCAAGAUAGGGCUGAGAGAGACUCCUACCUGCAACCUUGGAGAAGCUGCUGCCAGUCUGUGCAGACAAUACUGAGCUAGAUAGACCAGUGGUCUGACUCAGUAUAUGGCAGCUUCCUAUGUUCCGAACUGUUGUGUAGACACCAUGUAAAAUCUCCCAUCAGAAUUUGUGUUCAUGUUGAAAUAAACUGCUGGCUAAGUAGACCCAUAGCUACAUGACAGAAUAGUCAGUGCUAAAAUAAUAGCCUCCCGCUCCCAGGGCUCCAGCCUGUUUCUGUCUUCCAGUCUUGCACAGGUUGGGUCAUUUUCACCUGCUAAAUUAGUCAUAGAAGUCUAUAGAAAUGAGUUUGGGAUGAAAACUGCAGCUCUUUUCUAUGGCCAGCAGAGGGUGCCUCAGACUGGGCAUUGCUUGCUAUGUCUAAACGCAAGAACCAAGCAAAUGCAAAAUACUUGGGGGGAAAUCUGGAUAAAAAGAUAUAAAGAGUAUCGUGGGCCAUUGGAGGAGGCUUCUAAAUCUGGAAAAAGGAACAGAGAAUCUCCAUUUAUAAUGUACUUUUCCCACAAACUUGGACCCUUUUUGUACAGUAUACAAAGUCCAACCAUGAAAUGAAUAUUAAACAAUAUAAAUUCUUCUUAUUUGAAGAUUAGGAGGAGAUUUGUGGAUAGUCAUUGUUAAAUUAUUCAGGCAUGCAUCUAAUUUGCAACUGGUAAAUUAUAAAUGGUCAUUUGAAUUUAUAUAUAUAUAUAUUUAAAUCUUUGUAGUCCAAUUCAUGUUUUUAUUUUUUAACUUGUCUUUUAAUUGUGUAUUUUUAUAGUCUUGUUCUAAUUUUUCUGUGUGAACUGCCUUGGGAUUGUUUUAAUGAAAGGCACUAUAUAAAUUUAAUAAUAAAUAAAUAAAUAAAAUGUUGCAUUAUA